AUUUUUUUUCCAGUUUCUCUGAACCUUUUGAUGAUAUUGUGGACCGUAGAUGAUGAAAUCUCUUCAUUCCUUACCAUUGCACAUUGAGGAACAUUGUCCUUACACUGUUUGACUAAGAGGUGAACAUCGCCUCGUCUUUGCUUGUGUUAUAUAAUCUGUUCUUAUUUAUCUUAACACAACGUAGUUAUCGUUUUGUUGUUGUUGUUAUUAUUUCAAUUUCACCUCUGUAUUACACAGAUGACUUUUAGCUGACACUCAAGUCGUGCUAUGCGUUUUAAAGUUUGUGCAAGUGUUGCGGUGCCACGACACCGCCGAGUUAUGCAAUUAGUGUCUAUAAUAUUUUUUUCCCCCGUGUUAAAAUCCGCUUGAUGGAUUGAUGAGCUUCUGCAAAGCAAAAGUUGCGAGGUAUAUUGUUGACCACAAGAUGGCAGCAACGUCAAGACAAACAACAUGGGGAGCAACCGGUGCAGUGGAUUGAUUUCAUUUUUUAAGGAGCUACGUAAAGUCCACUUGAGAGUUGCAUUCCUUUCAUCAUUUCACGUUCGACUUCAACGAUGACUGUAUACUGAUUAAAUGUCAAUUAUUUUUUUCAAAUCAUUUUCAUUCACGUGUGGGCGUUUGGGAAAACACGCAUGUGCGUGUGGCGUGCGCCACUUGGGGGCGCUCAUGUGAUUUACUCGGGCUUCUCGUGUGUGUCGUCAGCCCACAAUACCUGUGAAGAAAAAAAAAGUGAACAAGCUCAAGUCAAUAUUUGAGGCACCGAACAGGCAAAAAAGCACGAACCGUCGUCAAUAUUUAACCAGACGGCUCAGACAUUAACUGACAAGAACCACGUACAGUCCAAAUACACUAACGACAAGAAGAACAAGUUACAAGUGAAGUGGUAGCAACUGCGGUACUGCCGGCGUUACAGUAUGUUGAGGUCCGGAGCUCGGUUGAUCUCGUCCCGCAAGCUGACAACAGCGGCAACACGCCUCGGCCUCGGCCGGAGCUCCGGUUCGGAUGGGGCCCGCGCCCUGAGCUCGGCCGGCGUUCGGCUCGACCUGAGCGGCGUGUACCCUCCCAUCGCGACCCCCUUCACUGAGCGGGAGGACGUCGACUACGACAAGUUGGAGCGCAAUCUUCGCAAGUACGCGGAGAUUCCAUUUAAAGGUCUGGUGGUGCAGGGUUCCAAUGGCGAGUACCCUUACCUGACGGAGGAGGAGCGCGUGGAGGUGGUGAAGAGGGUGCGACGCUCCAUGCCCGCCGACAAGCUGCUCAUCGCCGGUUCCGGCUGCGAAUCCACAAGAGCCACGUUGGAGCUCACGGCUAAGAUGGCGGCGGCCGGCGCCGACGCCGUCCUGGUGGUGACGCCGUGCUUCUACAAAGGCAAGAUGGACUCUCACGCCCUGGUCCAGCACUUCACUAAGGUUGCAGACGGCAGUGAGGUUCCGCUGAUCCUCUACAGCGUCCCGGCCAACACGGGCCUGCAGCUGCCGCUGGACGCCGUCGUGCGUCUGUCCCAACAUCCGAACAUCGUCGGGCUCAAGGACAGCGGCGGAGACAUCACCACGAUGGGCCUGAUAGUCCACAAAACCAAAGACCGGGACUUCCAGGUUCUGGCGGGUUCAGCCGGCUUCCUUAUGGCCGCCUACUGUGUCGGUGCGGUGGGCGGAGUCUGCGCGCUGGCGAACAUUCUGGGCAAGCCGCUGUGUGACUUGGCGCAUUUGUGUACGUCAGGUCGCUGGGAAGAAGCCCGAGAGCUGCAGCAGCGGCUUAUCGAACCCAACGCUGCCGUGACCCGCAAGCUGGGCGUGCCCGCACUCAAACAGGCCAUGGACUGGUUCGGCUUCCACGGCGGAGUCUGUCGCUCGCCUCUUCGGCCACUCGACCAGGAACAGACGCAGCAACUCAGACGAGACUUCGCCUCCAAUGGAUGGCUCUGAAUGUAUGUGCCUUUUAUUAAAUCCCAUAUGCACGUU